GCCCAGGACCAAACAGCUGACAGACAGUUGGCCACUACCUGGUGAACACAGGUAAGCAUGCAGCAGCUAAAAAAACCACACACUUCCAUCAGGAGAUGGUGGAAACCAAAACAGAGCCAAAAGGAGAGUGAAAAUUGGAUUGCAGAAAUACAACCCCAUGUGAAUGUUGCUCUGGAUCUGCUAACAUGCUUACCAACAACUUCACAGGGAGACGAAUGCUAGUGUUGGGUUUUUCCUAGCCGCAUUUAGAGAAUAUCUCAGCUUUCUUUACAAACAAAAACCUAAAUGACUUACAGUGGGUUUUGGGGGAUGGGGACACCUUUGACAUGUCCUCAGUAUUCGUCCUCUACGGCCCUGCCUUUCUUCAUCUACCAUUACACUACUGUGUGUGAUGUUGUCAGCUGGGGAAAUUACUGGAUCAUAAAAAAUGUGAGAGCCCAUGAGUAAGGCACUGCAUCCCUGCCAGCUGCAUGGUGGCUGUACAGACUGUGGUGGAGGAGGGAGGAGGCUUUAGGAAAAAGCGAAUCUGACUGCAUGAACCACAUUUUAACAACACAAACUGCACUUCCAAGUCUGCGUUACAAGUGUGGGAGUUCAGGGCCAAACCAUCCCGCAUUCAGCACAGCUCCCAGGUCCUCAGCUGUGGGCUACUGAUGAUGUAACAGGAAGUAGUGGGUUGCCUUCCAAAGGCAACCUGACAGCCGCUUCGGCUGCGCUCAAUUGAGAGCCGGAGAUCCACCGUGUUUGGUCCUCUGAGCCGAAGACACUUUGGGGAUUGCCUUGAAAGUGUAUUCCAGUCCAAACCCCUGCGCUGCUGUUGGAUUUUGUUUUACUGAUCCGCAGCUGGUAAAUCAUCAGCCAGCUUUGACAUGGCUAAACGGAAGACGGACAGCGUCGGGCGGGGUGGGAUGGUGGCCCUCGUGCUGCUGUGCAACCUUACAAAGAUUUUUGUGAAGGCCAGCCUGGAGGUCAAUGAAACCCAGCAGCAGCAUCCAAACAACGUCUACCACGACAUAGGACUCACCAGGAACCAAAUAGUCACAGCGCAAUUUGAGUGCUAUCAGAAGAUAAUGAAGGACGCUCCCCACAGCAGAGAAGUUUCAGAGCCCAUGUGUAACCGGACUUGGGAUGGCUGGCUGUGUUGGGAUGACACCCGGCCAGGCGUAGUCUCAGAACAGCACUGCCCAGACUACUUCCAGGAUUUUGAUCCUUCAGAGGUGGUUACAAAGAUUUGCACCGACAGUGGUCACUGGUUCCUGCAUCCGGAGAGCAACCGGACGUGGACCAACUACACCCGCUGUAACGAACACACCAGUGAAGGCAGAGUGACUGCAAUGAAUCUUUUUUAUUUAACUCUCAUCGGACAUGGCCUGUCACUGACCUCCCUGUUCAUCUCCCUCGGAAUAUUCUUCCAUUUCAAGAGUUUAAGUUGCCAAAGGAUCACGCUCCACAAAAACCUCUUUUUUUCUUUUGUUCUGAACUCUGUGAUCACCAUCAUUUGGUUAACAGCAGUGGCAAACAACCAGGAGCUUGUGCAGAGGAAUCCAAUGAGCUGUAAAGUGUCCCAGUUCAUUCAUCUGUACCUGUUUGGCUGUAAUUACUUCUGGAUGCUGUGUGAAGGGAUCUACCUGCACACGCUCAUCGUGGUGGCCGUGUUUGCUGAGAAGCAGCACCUGAUGUGGUACUAUCUUUUAGGCUGGGGCUUUCCUCUCAUUCCCGCUUCCAUACAUGCCGUUGCUCGAAGUUACUACUACAACGACAACUGUUGGAUUAGCUCCAAAACAUCGCUACUCUACAUCAUCCACGGCCCCAUCUGUGCUGCUCUUUUGGUCAAUUUGUUCUUUCUCCUAAACAUUGUGCGAGUGCUCAUCACCAAACUGAAGGCGACCCAUCAGGCGGAGUCGAGUCUCUACAUGAAAGCUGUGAGAGCCACCCUCAUCCUGGUGCCUCUUCUGGGAAUUCAGUUUGUCCUGCUUCCCUACAAGCCAGCGGGACGGGUCUCGUCUGAAAUCUACGACUACAUCAUGCACAUACUAAUGCAUUACCAGGGUCUGCUGGUGGCCACCAUCUUCUGCUUUUUCAAUGGAGAAGUCCAAGCGGUUCUGAGGAGGCACUGGAACCAGUACCAUAUCCAGUUUAGCAGCAGCGUAGGAAACCACUCGGAUGCCAUGCGUUCAGCGUCUUACACGGCGUCCUCCAUCACUGAGGUACAGGGCUGCUACAGCAUCGACAGCAACACAGAACACAUGAACGGCAAAGGCUGCCACGAGGCAGAGGCCUCCAUGCUAAAGUCAGACAGCCCCUUUGCCUGACAGCAGCACUAUCCCCAAACCCUGCCUGCCCCACCCCCCUUAAAAACUGCAGCACAUUCGGAGCUCUGUGGCACCCAGGGAACCUCUUCCUAUAGAUACAGUGUCAGAAGCAAAGAGUGAGGAAAAGGGUUUUAUACCCAGGUUCUCACCCACCUGAAGGAAGCUGUCACCUGUCUGUCGCACGGACGCGGGCCCUUUAACAGUGCUGUACAGCAAGCUCGAUAGAAGCUAUUCGCACGCCUUGUUUUGUGUCCAGUCUGCAACUGAACUGCUUCACUCAGACCAAGAUGCAUUCUGAUAAUCACAAUAUUGUUGUGAUCUUUCUGCCUGACUAAGUUGUUUUAAAAUGGAUGAAUAUUAACUGCUUGACUGUCCUUUUUGGGGUCACGUUGUGCACAAAAAGCCUUUGGUUACACUGUAAAUUCUUCUGACAUGGUUAGUGCCAAACCAAGAAAUCCUUGCCUGCCUCAUUUAUUUUUUAUAUUCCAGUACAGAAUCAGAAAGAAGAUAAGACGUCUAACAGGUUCAUGUUAAUAUAUUAAAGCUAUAUUAUAUCUUUCACGUUAAACUUAAUUUAUCUGAACAUAUUCUUGUUUAUUAAAUGAAAUAAAUACCAUGCAGUAUUUAUUGAAGCUGACAUUUUUUUUUUGUUCAAAAUGAAAUGAGAAUUAAAUACCAACAUGAUUUGCUGCCAGCGUCACAGAAACUUUCGCUGUUUUUCUUGUUGUUUCAGUGUUUGUUUAUCUGUGCAGUCAGUGUGUGCCGAUGCUUUUCAGAAUCUUACCUUUAGCUUUCAGGCUUCAUUUUUAUGGAUUUCAUCAUGCUAAUGUUUGAGCGUGUUUAAGUGAUCCUUACCGACAUGUGCACCUUUUAAACCACAUACUGUAGUAGGUUGUAAUGCGGCUUGUCGACACAAUGUUCUCGCUGAGAGGCCAUCAUGAAAUCAUGUACUGUAUUCCAAUAUCUACUCAUUACACUCGAAUGUAACAGUGGAGCUCUGAACAUAAACGCAUCACAUUCCCAUUCGCUGCUGUCUUUGGCCUUCUGCUUCUCAAACCAGUCAGAUGUAACGAGCAUUUCCAGGUGUUCAGAUUGAAAACAGCACUGUGCCGAAAACUGAUGAAGUGGAAUAUCCAAACCCAUCUUUUAAAAGUCAUGGAUGUAUCACUCAAACUGGAUCAUAUUUUAAGUCUAGUCAUUGGUGGUUGUAAUAAUUCCUUCUGUUCAUAUUAGCCAGGAAUCCAAGCAACUACAUUGACUUUAAUUGGGAAUCAAAUCCAGAGUGCUUGUUUGGUGUACAAAUGCAUUCUAAAGUUUAGGCAAAUCUCAGUAUAUUUGGAAAAAUCAAGUGAUUAUCUGUGCGCCAGGCACACGUGGGUUUAUUGCUGGUUUGAAUUUUGUAAUUAAUGUGCCAUAACUUCAGAAGGUAUCCCUCUUAUUUGGCUAACUCACAAAGCUGAAUCUUCAUUAGCCGUGGCUUAAGAUUGUGGAUUUUGUGAAUUUUGUUCCCUGUCAAGUGCAGCGUAGUUAGUGUAGUUAGUCUGCAAAGGAGUAACAAUAAAGCAACCAAUAACUCUUUCAACAUGCAUUUGGUUAGUGAGUAUUGCAUCUAGAAAGACAAGAGAAAAAACACCCAAACUAAUCGAAUGAAAAGUGAUCAUGGUGGAAAUGUCUUUUCUUAUUGAUUGUAAGGUGUACAGUAGGCAUGAGAAGGAAUGUGCAUUGGUUGGUGAUGCUGAAUUGCAUGGCGGCAAAAGUGGAGGCAGGUUUAACUUUUUUAUAGGAUGACCCUGUGACGACACCACAAGAGCAGCGUCUCCAUUUAAAUCACAGAGGAAGCUCAUUGUUUUAAGCAGUGCUAAUUUCAGUCUGAACGCAGCCUUAUUCAGAAGCACAUGUGAUGAUAUUGUCAUGUGUGUGUUCUUUAUGAAGCAUUUAGCUAAAGCAGCCUGUAGACCUGCUCAGAAAUCACUGCACUUAUGUACAGUCAUGCUGUCAGCCCAAACCCAAAACCUUUGUUUCCUUUUUCCUCAUUUCAGUUCUUCAUUUUCAACACAUUGUCCACAAUGCUGGGAACACAAGUCACUAUUAGCACAUGUAAAUAUUUUUGUUUCUCAAACAUUUCUGUAAAGAGGACAAGAUGAAGGUGUGCGCAUGUGUGUGUGUGUGUGUGUGUGCAUGUUUUAAGGUAUAUAAUACAGUAUUUAUGGGUACAUUACGCUCAGAAGCAUUCAAUCAUGAAGCAACCAUCUUAUGUGACUGUGUGGGACAUUGACAAAUAAUUUUUAGUUUUUCUUCUGUGUUUUUCAAAGGGACUGGUGGGAAAUAGGCUGGGGGUUAUUGAGUGGGAGUUUGCAACACGCCGCCAUAUCGGUCGGCCCUCAAUAUUUGCCACCAUCUUUGGUGGAUUCCAUCACUUUUCUGUGUUGCCUGUUUUUGAAAGUAGAGAAAGAAAGAGUUGCCCAUGUCAUAAUAUCAGAGCAGAAACAUGUUUCCUUACACUAAAAAUGGAAGUCUAAAGACUCGCAUUCAUUUUUCCAAAAGGCGUGUUUUAUUGAGAACUGAAAACAAAAAUGUGUUGUGUGUCCCGAUUUUCCAUGUUUCUCAUCAGCUCUUCAUAUCACUGUGAUGACCUAAAGCACUUGAUUCUGUACACAACAGGAAGAGUAACAUGUUUAUGUGAAACAGCUCUUGUUUUCACUUGUGAAAAAGCAUUGUUGGCUGCCAAUGCUUGAAGUAAUGUCAGAUACAGUAUUCCCAGCCACAGGUUUCAUGUGAAAUCAGGCUGCGGUAUCACACAUACAGUUUGUGCUUUUCAUAUGUCAGAUCUGGAGGACAGUUUCUCCGUUUAAUCAUAAACUGUAUGGCUCACAGGUUGUCACAACAACUAAUUCUUAAUGUACAGUGACAACGUAAUGAAAUCUUCAUAAAACGAGUCAUUUGCUGUGUCGUGAUGCGUCGUAAUCAUUUAUGAAGCUCCAAUUAUUUCAUCACAACCCUGCAAAAAGCCUUGUAACUCCUACGUACCAUUUUAAGUUGUGUAUUUAUGUAUUAAAUAUGUUCCUGUGACUCUUCAAAAGGUUUGUGAAGUCUCCAGUCUCCAAUGUUGUAAAGUAUGACAAAAGUAUAUGGACGAUGCCUGUAGUUUUUGUUAAUACUGUAUAUAACUUUGGUAGUCUUGAUGCAUUGACUGACACUGCUGUUUGAAUGUAACUGGUUGCGUUUUAUUCUCUGGGUGUGAAAAAUAUAUAUACAGUAUAUAUACAGUAUAUAUUUAGCUACGAUGUCUCUUUUUUUAUUAUUUCACUGAGUUUGACAAUGUUGCUUUGUUGUGUAUAUCUGCUAAUACAACCCAGCAUCACACAUCAACUUGAGUUCUUCACUGGGGAGACUGGGCCAGUUGUCUUGGCUCGUGGUUCAUGUUCACAAUGUUUUUUGCUUUUUGACCUGUAUGAGUACAGAAGUCCUGAGACGAGUGAGAAAAACAAAUGUAAAAAAAGAAAAAUGUGAGAAACAGGACUAAUUCAUGUUUUCAUGCAGGUGAACUUUAAUUUGUAAAUGUUCUCUAACAACAACGUAGCCUGCAUAUAUUGUGUGUGACAUUACUGUCUUUCUUUUGGCUAGUGAUGUUUUGUAAUCCGUGCCAAUCUGUCAUUAGCUAUUAGCCGGUUAGCUAUUGAGUUAAAAACAUCACCAGAAUUUUUUUUCCUUACUUGACUCUCAGGGUUUCUGUAUAAUCUGCUAGUAAAUGAAAAGGACAACUCAUUAAUUGU